GAUCGACGACAGUGGUGUGCUAUUGGCGUGUUGCUCGCCAUCCUCUUUGUUGUCCUCCUCCUCUUCUUCAUCCUCUGAUUGCCCCACGACCUCCCGCUCAGCACACAUCUCGUCUUAUUGCUGUGUCUACUGGAUUCUACUGAACUCUACGAGAUGCUACUGGACUCUAAUCGACUCUCCUAGACUCAGAUGUACUCUACUGGACUCUACUGAACUCUACUCGACCUACUAGAAUCAACUGGACUCUUCUGAACCCCACUGGAAUAUAAUGGUCCACAAUGUGUGUUCAUGAUUGCUUGUUAGAAUAAUGGCAGAGGUCAAACAAAUGGAAAUUGUUGGAUUUUUUCUUUUUCAUUUUCGUUUAAAAAAUAUAUUUGUGUUUUUUUGUUUGUUUUAAAGGGCUGAAAUAACCACUAAAACUCCAGUAAAGAUAACCAUUAAAAAGAGCACUCCAAAAUAUAACCAGUGACCUCUAGUUGAACUCCAGUUCAUAAAGUCCAUUAAAACUCCGAUAAAAUUACCAGUUAAAGUCCAGUUAAAGCUCCAGUUUAACGCAAAUUAGAGUCCAAUAAUAUAACCACUAAAACUCCAUUCCAAAAUAAAACCAGUGACCUUUAGUUAAACUCCAGUUCAUAAAGUCAUAUAAAGUCACCAGUUGAACUCCAGUUUGUCUGAAAAGUAACCAUUAAAACUCCAGUUACAUGCAAAUUAUGAGUACAAUAAAACAACCAGUUACACUCCAGUUAUCUUAACUUUGAUUGUGAUUCAAUCAACACCAGUUUAACCAGUUUAACCAGUUUAACGAGUGCUACUUCCUGUUUACUUCUUGUUCAACCCUCACGAAAAUGACCUAAAACACUAUUUUGAUAUGAUGUAUGACACUAAAACUUGACGUGACGUACGACACUAAAACCGACAUGACGUACGACACUAAAACCCGACAUGACGUACGAAACUAAAACCUGACAUGACGUACGAAACUAAAACUCGACAUGACGUACGAAACUAAAACUCGACAUGACGUACGAAACUAAAACUCGACAUGACGUACGAAACUAAAACCUGAUAUGACGUACGAAACUAAAACUCGACAUGACGUACGAAACUAAAACUCGACAUGACGUACGAAACUACAUUUCCGACAUGACGUACGAAACUAAAACCUGAUAUGACGUACGA